AUGUUUCGCUGUGCGAGAUCUGUUAUAACUCCCUCACCUUCCUCUCUCUCCCGAACCGUCACGAUGUCCCUUUCUUCUUCCCGCCAGUACUCCUUCCAAGUGUUCCGCGAUGUCCCUCCUCUUCGCCAAUUCAGACGGCAGUUGCUGCUGGAAAACAGAUCCCUGGGUUUUGUCCCGACAAUGGGCGCCCUCCACGAAGGUCACCUCUCCCUGAUCCGACAAGCCGCAUCGGAGAACACAGACGUCUUUGUUAGUAUAUUCGUCAAUCCCACGCAAUUCGGAGUCAACGAGGACCUUGACAAAUACCCGCGCACCUGGGACAGCGACGUGGCCAAGUUGGAGGAAAUCAAUGAUGAACUCUCUCGGGACGCUCAGAAUGGACGGGUCACUGGUAUACUGGCACCCACACCGCAAGUCAUGUACCCUACCAUGCCACCUUCGUCAGAGGUGGACGGACAAGGCUCGUUUGUCACCAUUACUCCUCUCGCGCAUAAGUUGGAAGGCGCCUCCCGUCCCGUGUUCUUCCGUGGUGUCGCGACGGUUUGCACUAAACUGUUCAACAUCGUCCUGGCCGACCGGGCCUAUUUCGGACAGAAGGAUGUCCAGCAGACGGUGAUCAUCAAGCGCAUGGUCAAGGACUUUCACAUUCCAACCGAAAUCCGCAUUGGCGAUACCGUCCGGGAGCACGAUGGAUUGGCGAUGAGCUCGCGGAACGUAUACCUGGGAGCCCGGAGACGAGCGGUUGGUCUUGUUUUCUACAAGGCGAUGAAGGCUGCUGAAGCGGCAUACCAAUCGGGCAAAACUAGCCGCGAUGACAUUCUCGGGGCCGCCUAUGCUGUGGCCAACCAGGUACUUGCCGAGCAGCAGGCCUUGCAGCCAUCUGAAAGAGCGCUUUACGAAAUCGACUAUAUCUCUCUUGCUGAUCCCGAAGACUUGGAAGAAUUGCAAGUGGUUGACCCGUCUAAGGGUGGUAUUCUGAGCGGUGCCCUCAAGAUGGCUCCUCUUGAGGCGGUUAAGCCGGAUGAAGAUCGCGGUCUGGGUGACGGGCAGGUUCCCGUCAGAUUGAUCGACAAUCUUGUUUUGAAUCCUCGUGUCUGA